CCAUCAACUACAAGGCACUGGGGGAGGAGAAUGACAUUCUGGAUUUUGGGACACGGGAGAGAGAGUAACCCGCGCAAACAACCUCUAAACUUGUCCAAACAUCUCUCUGGGAUUAACGGAAGUGUUACGGCCAUCUCGUCUUCCUGAUUCAUCUGGAUUGCUGUUUUUGGCCACCAUGCGCUUGAGUGUGACAGGUGCGCUGUUGCUGUUGAGUUUCUACAUGUGUUUAUCAGCAGUACAUUCGUGUUUGAUCAUCAGCGAAGUGAACUGCGAUAAUCCCAGCCUCGACACCAAGGAAUUUGUAGAGUUGUUCUCUCUUAGCCUCGGCUCCACCUCUCUGGAUGGCUAUACCCUCGUUUUCUAUAACGGCAACGGCAACGUGGCGUACCGCGUCGUGGACCUGAGCGGACACAGCACGGAUGAACGAGGAUUCUUCCUCGUUGGCUCGGCUGAGCUCAAGCCAUCGCCGGCCAUCCAACUUCCACCCAACUCCAUCCAGAACGGCCCCGAUGCCAUCGCCCUGUACGGCCCGUCCUGGGUUCCUGUCGCUGAGAACGGGAACGUCUCUGCUAUCGGGCUGCUGGAUGCCAUAGUUUACACGUCUCGCCGGGGAACAGACGAGAUGUUGUCACACGUCCUCACACCAGGUUUUUUACCAUAUUUUGAGGAUGAUAAAUUUUUAGAGGGAGACGAGUCCAUCCAGAGGUGUUGGCUUUCUGAUAAUUACUACAGCUUCCAAAAUGGCGUGCCCACCCCUGGACGGCACAAUAUCUGCCCGCCGUCGAACCCCGGACACCUGUGGAUUAACAGGAUCCAGUUGAGUGGAGGGACACUGACUGGACCUGUAGAGAUCAGCAUUGGGACAGAAAGCGGGGCGAUGACGGUGGUGGUGUAUAACGUGCAGACGGACACAGUGAAGACCAGUGUAGAGUUUCAGGCCAGUGAACCUGGGAAUGUCUCUGUAAAUUUGAACACAACUGCCUUGUCAGAUUUAGACGGCUGGGCGUUGGCGGUGUACCAGGGGAAGGUUGAAGAUUUCCAAAAAGGCAGCCCACUCAAUCAACUUCAGCCACUUGAUGCCUUCGUCUGUAGCGGACUUACUAACACACCAAGCGCCCUUCUCACCGAGACUCUCAUACCAGGCAGGAAAGCCUUCAAGCUCGACGGCAGGUUUUCAGAAGUCGAUGCUUAUGUCACCCGGUGUGGUACAGCUCACUGGCCAAGAGAUCCUGGAGUAUUUCAGCAUCAGAUCCAGAGACCGAGCGAGUCCAGCCACUGCAACUGGUAUAACACCUGCCCUUACAGCACUGCUGUCAACACGACAGAUGAACCGUUCGAGCCGUGGUCUGGCAUGGAUGGCGACUUCCUGAUCAGCGAGGUGAACACGGACUCGCCGGGUUCGGCGGAAGACGAGGAGUUUGUGGAACUCUGGCAUCCGUCCGGCCGCCGGACUUCACUCAGUGGCAUCUGGGUCCUGCUGAUCAACGGCAACAACGGGAAAAUCUACCGUGAAAUCGAACUCGACGGACACUACACGGACGAUCACGGCUACUUCCUGAUUGGCAGCGAUAAGCUCAAACCACAGGUUGCCCUACCAGCAAAUACCAUCCAGAACGGCCCAGACGCCAUAGCGAUAUACCGCUCAACAUCUCCGCCCUCCAUUGAGAACGUCAUUGUUCCCAGAAAUGGGCUCCUGGAUGGCAUGGUGUAUCGAGCCCGUACUUCAGACAGAGACUGGGCAAAUCUCAUCAAAGCUCUGACACCAGGACAGCUCCCCCUGCUAGAAGACGCCACCUCACUCCAAGGAGACGAGAGUCUCAGCCGAUGUAGCCUAAACCGACUCGAUUUGAACUCCUUCAGGGUCUCCUCUCCCACACCAAUGAAAGACAACGAUUGCCCCCGUCCUCCUAAAGAGCUAGUCAUUAACGAGGUGGGCGGAAUCCUAGGAGCCGAUAUCUAUGUAGAACUGAUCGGUCCACCUUUGACUCCUUUGCACGAAAUGGUUUUAGUGCUGUAUGAGCUCAGCACUGCAAGGCAUGUCGUUCCGCUAGAAGGAAGUCUGGGAAAUGAUGGAUUCUUCCUCAUGAGCAACGAGUCUAGAGCUGACCAGAAAUUGCCUGCCGUGACGUCUCUCGGUGCAGUCUGGUUGUGUUCCGGCCUGCCGACCGUGUGUAGCAGUGAAUCGAAAGUUCAGGACCUGUUAGUACUAUCUAAAAGUUCAAGUCUGCGUCCUUUUCUCCACGGAGUCAAGUAUCAGGUCGUGCACCCAGUGGCCAGUUUUGACUCCGUCUCUCGCUGUGCAAUGAACCAAUCUGCCGUCUGGACCGCCUCCCAUCCAACGCCCCGCCUCCCAAACCUCUGCCCAAGCCCCACCCACUCCGUCCACAUGGAACUGUGUCUGCAGGCGGAGACUGAUUAUCACAUUACAUGCACAGCUGAGGGAUUUGCAGAGUUGUUGGAGCGUUCCUGUCAGUGUGGUAUCUCUGGUGCCCAUCUUGCAGAUGUGAAUUUAACCUGUAUAUCUGAGAGCAUGUACGCAGAAGGUCCUGUAUUUGCACUGUCCAAUCACCAGAGGGAGCUUGUGGCCAAGACACUGCAGAAAACACACACACGCUCCUGCAGCGUAGUCCAGAAACGCCUGUACAAUCAAGAGUCGUCGCUGGGGCUGCAGGUGGGGCUGGUGUUAACGGUGGUGCUCCUGUGUGCACUGGGAGGAGCCAUCUUCUUCUACCUGUACAAGAAAAAACGGCCGCAAGACUACUAUUCGAUGGAGCUGAAUGAACAUGACUCACACGUGGAUCUCUAGCGCUUGUGUGUGUGUGCGUGUGUGUGUGUGUGUGUGUGUGUGUGUGUGUGUGUGUGUGAGAGAGAACAUUUUAAAGGAAGUCUAUUUUUAUGUGGUGUGUCAUAAAACCGAGUAAUUUUCUUAUUUUUUUCCUUUUUACUAAGAUUACAUAACUGUAAGCUAUGUGGUUUUUUUGUUUGUUUUUUUUUUAUUUUUGUUUGUUUUACCUUUUAAUAUGUUUUGAUGCUCUUUAAUGGAAUAUUCUGUUGAACUUGAGUUGUUCACGAUAUUAAAGGUGCAGUCGGAAAUGUUUUUAUAGACCUGUAAUAUGCCAAUCAUGUCAUACUUACCUUUAAAAAAAACGAAAAAACAACGACGACAACCUCUGAUGUUGCAUGCAAGGUGUCACAAUAGAUGGCUGUUUGUUUGUUUGUUUUUUUUAUGUCGGGCUCCUGUUUUACUUUUUUCCCCGGCUCGGAAAUUAGCCCCAGGCGUUCAUACUGUCCAUGUAAUGCAUGUAAUGUUUCAUAACAUUGAACAUAACUACAACCUGUUUAAAACGUCCGCUGUUCUUUUAAUAAAUAAAUCGUAUUCGUUGCUGCAUUAUAAGAGGUUUCAACUUCCUGGGUGGUGACAGUAACGCCGCUUCCGGGAUCGAUCAGCUACCCCCUAAAUGUUUUUCGGAAAACCGCUAGUGAAGGGUGUUUGCCUUCAAUUUAGAAUACUAUAUAGGGUCAUAAAAGGGUCCUCGGUUACUAAAACCUGUGUGUAUGAGUUUUCACUGUGUUUGGGGCUUACAAAUGCCUACAUGUACCAUGAUUUUAAAAAAAUUUUAAUGCCAGUAUCAGAGUUCUACAAUUCGCUUUCAUAUGCAAUGUGGUUUUUAAAAAAAAAAAAAAAACAUUUUUAGAUUUUUAUUAUUAUUAUUAUUAUUUUUAAUCCUGGUCCUCAUUAACCAGCUUUCAGUCGCUCACAUGUCUAACUCUGCUCUGUAAUACAUACCACUGUUUGUAAUUAUUGUUGCUACAAACGGAAUCUUGACACUAUCUAAAAGGGAAUUUCCGAAAAUCAUGUCAGUCAUGUAUUACAUUUUUUGACGUUUGAAUAUUUAUUUAAUCGGAUGUUUUAAGGUUAAUGACGGGUGGAGAGUCGUUCGAAGGGAGCACCGUUCGCGUGUAAAUGUUUGUCCAAGAUCAACGUGUACUCUGACUUCAUUCUCGCCACUGAUUCUUUCUUGUGCAUUAUUUUCAUGCUUCUGUACUUGACCUUAAGAACUGAAAGCUUGUACUUAAACUUUUAAAAGAGUAAAGAAUUACUACACGUCUGCCGAGUGUUUAAAUGCAGCCCUAACUCCAGCGCCGUGUCCAGCGUUUUCAUCAUCUACUUGCUUCUGGUCAGUCGGUGGACUCCUGCCACGCAACAAACAUACACCAGACCGAAUUAAAGUAUUCGCUUCAGAUCUGGUCCGACGCUGGAACCGAUCCGUUUUUACAUCCGCUUGGAUCUGCACCAAAACAUAUCUCAAUCCGGCCGAGGUUAACACGUUAACCGAGAAUAUUGUCGCGUCUAGCCCUGAGCUUGUGCGUAUGCGGAUAUUAUUUGGAACACGGACUUGGUUCGUAGGCACAUCCUGUGUAGUUGUUUACGGAAUUGAAAAAGUAAACAAAAUUAUGAUGGGUUUAUUUUAAAACCCAGUGGUAGAAAAGUGCGAUUUCCGGUUCGAACAGU